UCUUCACAUCAUAAAAGAGAAUAUGCAGGUGGGCUGUAAUUCCGUGUGCGCCUCAGCCGGGUCUGAUAUAACCCCAUCCAAUGCUGCCAAAGGGCCGGUUCAUUUUCUUCUUCUCUUCAUCUACAUUUCAUAAUCUGAAUCUUUAAUUCUUCUCCGACCCGAGACUCUGGUGGACUGCAAACGUUACAACCCUCAUCAGUCGAUCUGUCGAACAUCAUGGCAACCAUCUUUCGGAAAAUUCGAGGAAAGCGCAAGCUUUCUAGCGAGCUAGACUCACGAUGGGGUGAUGUCUCCAUCUCCUCCCCCAACGAGGGGUCUUGGAGUCAAGGCUUUCAGCCAUCGGGUUCCACUGUCAACACACAAGCGGGAAGCCCAUCAGAGCAAGGGCAACGACCUAGCUCUAUGAAUUCGCUCGGACGGUGCAGUACCUCAUCCCACGGAGCAACGAAGCCAAGUCCGUCGAGUGCCGUUUCAGUGGAUUCGAUGCCGACAGGCCACUAUAACGCCAACAUACGAAGCCGGCCCCGAACGUCACACAAACAAUCACCAGCAACAGGCCUUGGUAUCGACAUGCUAAAAAACGGUUACAACGCCUGGGAUGAUGCCAGUAGCGAUGACAUAUCGUCAGAUGAUGAAGGAAGAGACGGCGGAGAACGAACCGGGCGAUACCUGACCGUGGGCACGGAAGAAACAGACUACACUCGAGCAUCCAAAUCACCACCUUUGUCAGUCACAUCUCGCAUGCGGCGCAACAGCCACCAAAGCACGAUAGAGCCCAGCCCUUUCAUACCAAGGACGACAAGUUCGAGGCAUGCGAGCUUCACUUCUUCCGCUCCAACGGCAUCAACUGAAAAUUCUCGGAUAGGAUAUGGACACCGUCAUCCUCCAUAUCCAGAAGCCAAGCAUACGCGUCAUUCAAAGCCUUUGAAGCUUGAAGCGGCUAGAGGACCGGAGCUUGUCCCGUCGUACGAUGAGUUGUAUGGAUGAACGUUUGGGUAAUAUCUUCGAUGACAAUUUUAUUUCUUUUCUUUCUACAUAUUUCUUUCUUCUUUUUGGCAGAUUCUAGAUAUUUUGGUUAUUUUAUGCCCUUUAUGACGCUUGAUACUAUGAAGAUUAUACGCUGGUAGGCAUUUGGACUUUGGACCAUGAGCAGUCUGAUUUAACAUUUAAUAACUCUUACAAUUUUGGAUUGUAAAUUUUGGAAUGCGCGAAAAAGCCUCGCCUUUUUUAUUUUUUAUUUUCGGCAU